AUGGGAGAAAUAUGUGUAAAGCAAUUUAGAGAAAAUAUUCCCUUGGCCAUCAUACGUCCAACUAUGGUCACUAGCUCUUACAGAGAACCUUUCCCUGGCUGGAUUGAAGGCUUGAGUGAUGGCGUGAUAGCUGCUUAUGGUAAAGGAAAGGUGAAAUGUUUCCUAGGUAGUCCCAUGUCAAUACUUGAUCUGAUACCAUGCGAUGUGGUGAUCAAUGUAAUAAUGGUAGCAAUGGCAGCUCAUGCCAAAAAGUCUUGUUCUGAAAUUAUUUACCAUAUUGGAUCCUCAUCGAGAAAUCCUAUAUACAUAUCCAACAUUCCCAAUUUUUCAUUCCAUUACUUCACUCAGAAUCCAUUGACUGACAAGAAGGGAAAGCUAGUUAAAGUGUGA